UGUCAGCGACACAGAUGACACACGUGUUGUGUUUAUAGCAUGGACGGAGCUGUUUAAACGGCGCUAGUAGCUUAAUAUCUGUCUAGGUGUAAUAUUUCAGCUUUUAGAAUCCAGUCUUAAACACAAAUACAAACAUGGGGAAGAAGCUCAAAGUCGGAAAGACGAGAAAAGAUAAGUUCUACCAUCUUGCUAAAGAAACAGGCUACCGCUCUCGUUCGUCUUUCAAACUCAUCCAGCUCAACCGUAAAUUUCAGUUUCUGCAGAAAGCCAGAGCUCUGGUGGACCUGUGCGCGGCUCCUGGAGGAUGGUUGCAGGUUGCAUCCAAGUUUAUGCCUGUUUCCAGUCUCAUUAUUGGUGUUGACCUGGUGCCCAUCAAGCCCAUCCCCAAUGUGGUGACCCUGCAGGAAGACAUCACCACUGAGAAAUGUAGACAGGCUCUCAGGAAAGAGCUGCAGACUUGGAAGGCUGAUGUUGUGUUGAAUGACGGAGCUCCAAAUGUGGGAGCCAACUGGCAACAUGAUGCUUUCUCGCAGGCUCACUUAACCCUCAUGGCUCUGAAGCUGGCCUGUGAGUUCUUGAUCAAAGGUGGCACCUUUGUCACUAAAGUCUUCCGCUCCAAAGAUUACCAGCCACUCCUCUGGAUCUUCCAGCAGUUCUUCAAGAAGGUGCAGGCAACCAAACCACAGGCAUCCAGGAAUGAGUCUGCUGAGAUCUUCGUCAUCUGUCAGGGUUUUAUUGCUCCAGACAAAAUCGACAGUAAGUUCUUUGACCCCAAACAUGCGUUCAAAGAAGUUGAGGUGCAGGCCAAGACUGUGAAGGAGCUGGUUACAGACAAAAAGCCAAAGGCGGAGGGAUAUGCAGAUGGGGACCUGACACUCUUCCACAGUUUCACAUUGAUGGCCUUUCUAAAAGCUGACAACCCAGUGGACUUCUUGGGUAAAGCCAGCGAGAUCACCUUUGACAACCCAAACCUGGAGUCUCACUCUGCCACCACUGAUGAGAUCAAGGAGUGUUGCCGUGACAUCAAAGUGUUGGGACGCAAAGAGCUCCGGCUGCUGCUGAACUGGAGGUCCAAACUGAGGCGAUUCCUGGCCAAGAAACUGAAGGAUGAGGCCAAACUGCUUAACCAGGAGAUCCGCUUAAGUUCUGAUGAAGAGAAUUCAGAUGAAGACCAAGACAAGAAGAAAGAGGAGCAGCAGCAGGAGGAGGAGGAAGAGGAGGGGGAGGAGGAGGAGGAAAUGGAGAAGAAGCUGGCAGAGCUCAAAGCCGAGGAGGUGGCUGAGCUCAAACGGAAGAAGAGGAAGCUGCUGAAGGAGCGGAGGAAACAAAGGGAACGGGUGGAGCUGAAAAUGGACUUACCAGGCAUCUCCAUUGCAGAUACCAACGACGUAUCCCUGUUUUCUCUCAUGACCAUCAAGAAGCAAAAGGUGAUGGCUGAUAUAUCCAAGGGGGACAUGCAAAUAGCCAGUGCACUGGUAGAAGGAGAAGAUGACCUCGUCCUGUCCGAUGAAGAGGAUGAUGAGGCGGAUAAAAUGUCCCUGGCUUCAGAUUUAGAUGAAGAAGAUUUAGAUGAGGUGGAGCAGAGGGAGAAGGAGCUCGACAAGAUCGCAGCCCGAAACAAAAAAGUAAAAUUUGCUGAGCAAGAGGAGGAGGAGGAUGAAGGAGAAGAGAGUGGGUUGUUGGUGGAGCUUGAAGGAAAAGAUGAAAAGAAAGAGCAAGAGACCAACCUGUGGUUCAGUAAGGACAUCUUCUCCGAGAUCGACCUGGAAGGAGACGCAGACAGAGAGCUCAGACAGACUGAAUGGCUCCAAAACAAACAAGCAGGAAAAGGCAAAAAGAGAAAAGCUGAGGAAGAAGAGGAAGAGGUGGAGCAAGUGGAGGAAGAAGCAGGACCUUCACAGGAGGCAGGACCUUCACAAGAGGCUGAGGACAGUGAUAGUGACUCAGACGACAGCAGCGACGAUGAGAAGGACAUUACUAGGAUGAAACAGGCCAAAGGAGCUGCUGGGAUAUCUGCAGAGGCUGAUGAUGAUGACUUCCAGGUUGUUCCUGUUGAAAGCACGAGUAAGAAAGCUAGGAUCCUAGAUGCAGAGGGUCUGGCCCUGGGCUCCCAGAUCGCUACAUCCAAGAAGAGAGCCAGGGACCUGGUGGAUGGCUCUUUUCACAGGUUUGCUAAUUCAGACCAGCCCUGGGAGGUACCUGAGUGGUUCCUGGAUGAUGAGAGGAAACACAGGAAGAAACCUGUGCCAGUAACCAGGGAAAUGGUGGAGGAGUACAAACAAAAAUGGAAGGAAAUUGAUGCCCGGCCAAUCAAACGAGUUGCUGAAGCCAAGGCCAGGAAGAAGAGAAGGAUGCUGAAGAGGAUGGAGCAGGCGAAGAAGAAAGCAGAGGCAGUAGUGAACACAGUGGAUAUUUCAGAGAGGGAGAAGGUGGCUCAGCUGAAGAGUAUCUACAAAAAAGCAGGUGUGGGUAAAGAGAAGCGAGAAGUUACAUAUGUUGUGGCUAAAAAGGGAGCUGGCAAGAAGGUGAGACGGCCCGCCGGUGUCAAAGGAGUCUUCAAGGUAGUAGACAGUCGCAUGAAGAAAGACAUGCGAGGAAUGCAGAGGAAAGAACAACACGCUAAAGGUGGUAAAGGAAAGGGAAGCAAAGGAAGAGGAAGACCAGGCAAAGGAGGGGUGAAGAGCGGGAAAGGACGGAAAGGAAAAUAAACUGUUAGUCAUCUCACCUUCACAUCUGAGGGUCCAGUGUGACCUGCUGUGGUGUAACAGGUGAACUAAGUGGACUGCCACAGCUCUGGUACAGAAGCCAAGGGGCUAAAAGGACAUCUGUCAGCAACCUGGGAUUAUUUUUCUUAAACCCAUGCACUUGCAAUCAUUUCUAGGAGUAUUUACAUCUUGGUGUUUUGCAGACGUCUUUCUGAAGAUGUAUCCUAUAUGCCGGUAUUGCCUUGAACUCCUUGAAGAGGGUAGUUUGACUCAACAGCAGAAAUGUAAAUUGCAAGUAAAUCAAGUUAAUAUGUAACAAUUUAAGUAUGUCUGAUAAUUUUGUAAAUAUAUACAUCUUUGGAAUAAAUGCUUUGAAAAUGCAUGA